AUAGAGAGAUUUAGAGAGAUUUAUAGAGAGAGAAAUAGAUACAUAUUUGCCACAGCUCACAGCUCAAGAAAAAUAAAAGUAGAAGUAGAAAGAUUCAAUAAAUUUUCUCUUUUUCUGUGUUUAUAUAGAUUGACACGCACACUCACACACACUUUUCUAAAAUUGAAAACCCCAUUUUUUGCUUUUAUUAUUUGAUACGGUUUCGUUCAUCGCAGAGCUGCAUUGAAAGGGCUCGGCUAACGCAAUCUCAAUAUUACAGUUCCAGUUGAUAUUCAGAAUUCCGUUUUUUAUAAAUAAUAAUGAACUUUUCGGCAAAAGGAGGUUCUAGUGCUGCAAAGGCGACUCUGAAUCCAAAUGCAGUUGAAUUCGUUCCUUCUGCUAUUAGGUCACAAUCUGCAGCCAUUACCAUUUCAGAUACGUCUUCUAAAUUUGCUUCGAAAUCUAUAUUAGAUAGAUCUGAGUCUUCGAUUUCGAAUAACUCCGAUGAAGAGGCUCAGCAGUAUUGGUCCAAUCAGCUCCCAGAUGAUAUUACUCCCGACUUUAACGAAGGCCUAUCGUUGGCUGAUGUUAAUGAAGAAGGCUCAAGGUAUACUAUGUUGAACGAAAAACAGGGUUUAUCACCUUACUCUAUUAAUGGUAAUGGCCAUACUGAAAAGAUGAGAUAUCCCGUCUCAUCGUAUGGAAAUUAUCCAGCUCCUAAUACGGGUUUUCAGCCUUCUCUUGGAAAACUGGACAAACAAGUUAUGAUCAAUGAUCAUGUUCUUGCAAGACAAGGCCAUUCUUAUAAUCGAAAUUCAAGAAACGGUUUCCUUGCAGAAAUUUCGAAUGAGCAAUUAUUGGUGGAGAAUGCUGAUGUGGGCCCUCUUGAGUUUUUAGCUUCACGAUUUCCUGGUUUUGCAGAUCAAAGUCUUGUGAAGGCGUAUUUCUCUAGUGGAGGCGACCUAAACCUAACAAUGGAGAGGCUUUCUCGGCUCGAGCUUCAAGCUGAUAGAGACUUGAAUCCGACUCUUAAUUCAAAGGCCUUGGAUUUUCCCGCUCUCUCGAGGGCAGAUUUGCCAAAGUUUUCUGACGACAAUCAUCGAAAUAUUAGCCCUUAUCACUCAACUGAAACGGAUAAUAGCACAUUUGUAUUUCGACCUUCAUCGAUUCCAUCAAGACGUGGUUCAGAUUAUGCUUCGGCUGUAAGAAAAAUGGCAUCUCAAGAUUCAAGCAUCUGGAAAUACGAAAGGAAUGGAUCUUCAGACACAAAUGUCGGAUCGAGCACAAGUUCACAAAUCCUGGAAAGCUCAUACAGUGGUGUCCCACAAAGGGCCGUUUAUGGAAAUCACGAAUCUCCUGUCUGGCUUGAAACUGGAGGAGAAGCAGUCGCGAAUGUUUAUUCUGAAAUGAGGGAGGGAGCUCGUGACCGUGCACGUGUACGCAAUGUGUACAUCGAGCAGGCACGUCAAGCAUACCUCACCGGUAACAACGCCCUAGCUAAAGAGUUGAUUUUCAAGGGACAGUUGCACAAUAUGCAGAUGAAAUUAGCACAUGGGAAAGCUCAAGAAUCAAUUUAUCGUCCGAGGAAUCCGGAGAUUCAGGCUAACUGGAGAGAGCGAAUGAUCGACCUGCAUGGUCUGCACAUGAGUGAAGCGAUGUACGUGCUCAAGGGUGAGCUGGCGGUGCUGAAGAAUGCUGCCAGGUCAGCAGACCAACGAUUGGUCGCUUACAUAUAUGUGGGGACAGGUCAGCAGACGAGGGGUCCACGCACACCAACAAGACUUUCCGGUGCUGUUCAGCACUACCUACUUGAAGAGGAGAGACUUGACUACACCGAGCCACAAGCAGGGCUCCUCCGAGUCGUGAUACACUGAAAAAAUGAGGAUGGUAUACGAAAUCGGUUAAAAGAAGAGAGGGAAAAAGGAAAAGAGAGAGAGAGAGAGAUUUGUUUGUCUGUAUAUGGGAGAGAGAAAUGUAGGAAAAUUGUGUACGAGGUAGAAAGAAAGAAAGAAACCACCAAAAGUUUUUUUGAGGCACAGAUAUCUGUAAUAUUAACAGUGUAGUGGGCCGAAAUCAAAACAACACGUUUUUUAGUGAUUUUUAUAUGGGCCUUCUUU